GCCGUCCACGCCAAUCACUCUCCCCGUCAGGCGUCUCCCACUACCGUCGUCCUCUCCUCUCCGGUCUCCCGGCGGGGGAAGAAGGGCUCCUCGCCGCUCGACUCCCUUCUCCGGUUUGCCCUACAGAAGAUUUCUUAUUUUUCGUGAAGAUGAAGCGCAUGCAUAGAAUGCCAACAAGGAAGGCCCAUUCAUGGUGGUGGGACAGUCAUAUUAGUCCCAAAAACAACAAAUGGCUAGCUGAUAAUCUAGAAGAGAUGGAUAAGCAAGUUAAAGAUAUGCUGAAGCUCAUCGAGGAUGAUGGAGAUUCCUUUGCAAAGAAGGCUGAGAUGUAUUACCAACGGCGUCCUUUGCUUGUCACUCAUGUUGAAAAUUUCUAUCGCAUGUAUCGUGCUCUUGCUGAGCGUUAUGACAAUGUGACUGGGGAAUUACGGAAGAACAUGCCAUCAACCCUUGAAUCACAGGGCUCAGGCAUAUCUGAAUCUGACUCUGAGGCACAGUCAACCUCCCUAUCUCCCCAGUCUAGCUUCGAAAAAAAGAGCUCAAAGGAGAAGAAUAAAAAGGGGAGUGAUGGAUCAUCAUCUUCUUCUUCUUCCGAAUCUGAUUCUGAGGUCGAUGAAGGGAAACAAAAAAAUGGCAACGUGCUUUCUCAUGCACUGAAUGGACGAAUUAAUGAGCUAGAAGAUGAGCUUAAGGAAGCAAAUGAAAAACUUGAGGCACUUGAGGAAAAGAAUUUGCGUUGCCAAUGUGAAAACCUUGAGAAGAAGUUGAUGGCUUCACAAUCAGAAAUCAAUAGCCUUCAGAAGGAUCUUGAAGAAAAGGUCCGUUCUUUGGAGAGUAUCAAAGAAAUCAGCAGUGGAAGGGAGGACUUUGAAGCUGCAGCUCUGGAAAGCAAGAACACAAUCAGUGAAUUGGAAGGAGAAAUGGCUUCAGCAGCUAAGCAUUAUGAGGUUCAACUUUCAUCUCGUGAUCUUGAAAUUGAGAAGUGCAAGCAGGAGCUUGAGCAAGUAUCUGAGAGGUAUUCCCAUGAUAAGUCUACUCUUGAGACUGAAAUCAGAAAGCUCGAAGAAGUGGUCCAGAACUAUGAGCGAGACUUAGCGAAUGUGUCGCAAGAGAAAUUGCUGCUUGAGGCCGAGGUUAUGGAGCUUGAACAAACAUCUCACAGCCUACAUGAUUCAUCGGCUGAGAUUGUAAAGCUACAAGAAGUAAUCAAGGAUCUGCAAGCAAGAUUGGAAAAUGGUUCAAAUGAGAAGAGAGUGCUUGAGGAACGUGUUAUGGAGUUUGAGCAAGUUCAGAGGGAGUUGGAGGUUUCGAGGGCUGAAACCGUGGAGCUACUAACUACAAUCAAGAAACUGAAAGCUGACCUGGAAGGAGCACUUGAGGAGAAAUCAGUGUUGGAGGGUUCUGUCAAGGACCUGGAACAGGCUGUUGCACGUAAUUUGGAGCAAUUCUCUCUCGAGAAGUCCUCUCUUAGUGCUGAGAGAGUAAAACUGUCAGAAAUUAAUGCUUCUCUUGAAGACAAGUUGACAUCCGCAGAGGCGCAGCUUAAGCAACUUCAAGCUGAAAAGGGAGUAGUGUCUGCUGAGAGUGAGAAGCUGAUCUCUGAACUGAAUCAAGAUAUUGCCAAUCUUAAGACACAGCUCGAACUACUGUCUUCUGAGAAAGCUGCAGUGGAUAAUAAGGUGUCUAGUAUGCUGAGUGAUAUCACGACUCGUGAUGAAAAGAUGAAGGAGAUGGGUAGCCACUUGGAUCAGCUGCACCUAGAGCAUGUCAAGCUGAUCGCAGAGGCAGAUGCUGCCACGAAGUCUGUGUCGGAUCUGAGCGCACGGGUCCGUGAGCUCGAGGAAGAGGUUGAGAAGCAGAAGCUUAUGGUCUUCGACAGCGCUGAAGGGAAGCGGGAGGCAAUCAGGCAGCUGUGCUUCUCUCUCGAGCACUACCGCCACGGGUAUCAGCAGCUGCGGCAAGCUCUGCAAGGCCACAAGAGGCCAAUGGUGAUGGCAACAUGAUCAGCCAGCAGCUUGCUGGAUCUUUCUAUCAGGAUGCCUAAAGUCAAUCUGUCAAUGUAAUGUAAACACCCCUUUCCCUUUCUUCAUGUAGCUUGUUUCUGCUCCUUAAUAGUCUUUGUAAAGCUUGUGAUCUGUAGUUACUUCAGCUACUGGUACCCUGUGAUGUGUGUGAUGUAAUAUGUUAUGGAUAAUUAUGACACUUCUUUUUUUAA